UCGCAGAACGUGCCUUGGGAAAGAGGACGCCAAAGAUGCAUGGCGGACAAGAAUAAGAAGUCAAAAAGAGGCAAUCAAAGCAAGACAACCACAAGUAAGAAAGCGAAGAGGUCCGACAGUUUGACCAUCCGCGAAUUGCAAGCUAUAGGUGAAGGAGAUUCGGCUCGUCUAGGCAUUGCCGCCGCGAGAGAACCUUCAGAGAAAUCUAAAAGGAAACUGGCAGCUGAAGAAGGCGAUGGCCAGAAGAAACCUCGGAGGAGGAAGACUGCUGAGGGGACGAGCGGUGACAAAACGGCGGUCGGUAGGCAGUACGACGAGGCGACAACGUUUUGGCUCGAAUACAAGCGGAACGAUGACGGUGAGAUCGUGGAGAAGGAGCUCCCCAUUCAACUGCUCAUCGACCCCGGGAAGUCGGUGACGCAUAAGCCGGAGAGAGCUCAGAGGGUUCACAAGGAUGUCUUCAAGCCAGAGGACAAGGAUAAGUACUUCAAUUACCCUGUCAAUGGACAACACACCGUGGCUGCUGUGAAGGAGUUGGCCGGUAAGCCAAUAUUCGAAUUGUGGAAGAUGCACUCGUGGCCGGCGAGAGUCGUGUGGUUCUCCGACGAAGACUUUGGGGGGUAUUUGCAGGUCAGUCUGACGGAGAACACAAGACACAAAAUGUCUAAGCAGCAUGCGCAGAAGGCCGCUUUUGAGGACAUGCGGGAGGCAUGGGAGAAUAAAGGAAGGACAGUGACCAUUCAAGGGAACCCUUCCCGUAAGGAGGCCGAAAAACAAGCGUUUUUCGACUUCCAAAAACUGCUUUUGGGAAAGAGUCCGAACGACGCUCACUUGACGAUGACACGUAAAGCGACAACGCUCGCCGACAAGGACCACGUCGCUGCCAUUGGCAAUGCAUCGAGGCAAUGGAUGUCACUUUUGACGGCAUCUGAUGAGGUUUUCCGGAAAAGCAUGGAGUUCUACGAUAAAUGGGCGGGGGGAAAGUUGUUGGGCGGAGACGGGAAGACGCCCUGUCGAAGCCGGGCAAAUUCAUGCCAGACAAAUCUCUGGCUCUCCAAGCGAUUCCGGAAAUGGGCGCGAAAGGGGCGGCUGUCUCUUGCUAACAUGCCCGAUGCGGAAAAACUGUCGAUCCUCGACGACAUUCUCGCGCUGAGGGGAGUGUUCGUGAAAUCGGCGGGCGGGCAUCUAAAACGUCAACAUAAGCCUGAAAUUAAAGACAUGGUCGCGACGAGGACAGUGGACCGCAUGAUGCUCCGCAUGUUUCACUACAUCUUGUUCCUUGAAUCCGAGGAGGACGCAGAGGUUUGGCGGUAUGGGAGCCAGUUUUUUCGGACCGAGGAGCAACUUCUAGUGGAGUUCGUGUCGCGGGGCCUCACGAAACAGGUGUGGGUCGAACUGCGGAAGCACUUCCACGACGCGGUGGAGUACGUGAACACUUGCAAACGUUGUCUUCAGUACGAGAAGAAGUCCCUCGACGAAACGAAGGAAAUGUACGAUGAUGAGAGGUUCCCUAAAUCUUUCGAGAAGUCCGUCCGCUCCAUCUUGCGACGAACGGUGGAAGAAGUGCAAGACACAAUCAGGGUCAGCGGGGAUGUGAGGCACAUCAAAUGGCACAAGAUCAACCGGGUGACCAGCCUUAUUCCUUUCAGUUAUCCAGCUUCCCAGGCUCACAAUCGUCUCACUGAGAUCCGCGAGAUUGUGCGACAUUACAGGAACCUGGUGUUCGGUUUGCUGAAUGGUUACCACAAUGCACCCAGGGAGUCUGUCUCAAAUUUCCUGAAAAGGCUGAACCACGUUUUCUUCUUGAUGGCCAAACCGUUGACCCUCAAAAAUUACAAGGCGCAGUUCGACGAGGAGGACCCUUUCGACGCUGAGGACAUGGAGGAGAUGAGCGACUCCGAAACCUUCGAUUUCGAGUCCAUGCCACUUCCUCGGGUGGUUGCACAGGUUGAUGAUGAAGGGGAAGGUGUUCCUCGGAGAUAUAGCACGUCCCCUGCCGGUUUGAAGCGUGUGUUUGAGCGAGAAACAGUCGAGGACCAAUCGUGUGAUGACGGGGAAGAAGAGAGAGACUAUGAUUACGAACCUGGUGACAAGCUCCCUAGGGACCAUGAUACCUGGGAGAAUGCCAGGCUCUUCUUCUACGGGAGGCACCACCGGUUCACGCCGGAGGCUGUCUGGGGCCACAACGUCUGGCACCCCAGGAAAUUCCAACCUGCUGUAAAGACUGGAAAGUGGGUCAUGGCAAUGAAGGAAGCGGAUGGUAAGUGGAGUGGCAUGAACAGACUGGGAGCGGUUCCAUUUAAGAAAAAGGCGAAAGAAACUCUGGUGGAGCAUUUGAGUGUUAUGAACCCCGACAGGAGCCUGCCGGACGUCAAUGCGUAUGCAGGCCAAAAGCUCGACGAGUUGUACGACAACAAAAUAUUGGAGUUUCGAGCGCCUUUCUACACACUCGAAACGGCACCGUCUCGUGGCAUUGACUGGCGCAUGCCGCAACCUCCGUCGGGUGGUCAGCAUCCGGGAGGCAGUGGGCGAGGUGAUGGAGGAGACGACGCAGGACCCGGUGGAGGAGGUGAUGAAGGAGACGGCUCAGGAUCUGGUGGUGACGAAGCAAAGGGGAAGAGGCCAUGCGAAACGUUGUCGGAACCAAUUGGCUUCGACGGAAAACGGUCCGGCGAAAAAGGGUCUGGCGGAAAGGAGUCGGGCGGAAAGGGGUCGGGCAGAAAGGGGCCAGGCGGAAAGCGUAGAGCGUUCAGGAGUCACGAGUCCAUCGGAACUGAAAGCCGCUGCAAAGGAAGUCGAUAUUCGGACAUGCGAGACGAGGCGUCCCUGAGGUCUUAUUCCCUGAGGCCUUAUCAAGUGCGAGUACAUUCGCACUUGUCUCCGAGGACUUUGUUUCACUUCGCCGGCGAGCGCAAAAUGUUGGAGGGGCCCGCUGCAGGAGUGUUGGAGACCGGGCCUAGUGAGUAUGAACGUUAUGCUUCGGAGGGUGCAUCCAUCGAUUUAAAGAGCAAGAGUGCAGCGGAUCCAGGGGAAGAGGGGUUGUCACAAGACGCACAUGCUGUGCACCGGGAAGAGGAGACUCAACACUGGCCGCCUAACAGAGUGUUGGAUGGUCUCGACGCAGGAGUGUUGGAGACCGGGGCUAGCGGGCAUCUACGUCGUCCUUCAGAGGGUGCGUCCAUCGAGUUAGAGAGUAAGAGUACACCACCUUCGAGGGAAGGGGAGCUCUCACAGGAAGCGCAUGUUGUGCAGCAGGAAGAGGAAACUCAACAUUGGCCGUUUCACAAAGUGAGGGAGGGGCUCGAUGAAGGAGUGUUUGAGACCAGUGCUAGCGAGCAUCAGUGUCAUGCUUCGGAGGGCGCGUCCGUCGAUGUUGAGAGCAAAAGUGCGACAACUUUGGGGGAGGAGGACCUCUCACAGGAAGCGCAUGCGGUGCAGCGGGAUGUCGGGUCGGACGGAGGUGAAAGCCACUGCGAAGGGAGUCGAGAUUCCAACAAGCGAGACGAGGCCGCCCCGGGGUCUUAUCAAGCGACGUGCAUGGACGUUUGGGGAAGCUCGGCUUGUGGUGAUGAGGAGGCCGAAGAAGAACCCGUGGUGGAAACUCGGUUUCAUGACGAUGAGGAAGGCGAACUUUUUGGCGCCGGCGGUGAGGUGUCGGCUCGACUUCAUGACGAUGAGGCAGGCGAAGAAACCGUGGGGGAAGCUCAACUUUAUGCCGGUGAGGUGUCGGCUCGGCCUCAUGUCGGUGAGGUGUCGGCUCGUCAGAUGGGGUCGAAGCGGACAGAUCAUGAUUCUCCGUCCACCAACUGUGGUGAAGAGCAAGGUGAUCGAGCGUCUGCCCUCAGUUCCGGUUGGGAAAUGGUGCUUCAUGAAGCCGCGAACUUAGUUAGCGCCGCAGCUGCCAUCGAGCUGGUUAGCGACUCAGCGGUGGUCGAGAUGCAGAACAUCGAAUCCUCCGCGGACGUCGGCAGAGUGGCGCGACAGGAGGCCGGUUCCCCUCGAAGGACUCCCGAACACGGUGUGAGGUUGUCAAUGUCCCUGCCCAUGAAGCCUUCGUAAGCCAUGCGCGGAAAAUAGUUUUCAGGGCGGUCAUUGGCCGCUUUACCGAAGAAGUCCUCGUCAAUUGUAGGGUUGUUU